GAGGUUGUUCCUUGUUCAAACAUUGAGGUUAAGAUUUCGAAUGUAUGAUCUUCUUUGAAGAAUGCACGUGGUUGUAAACAGUUUAUCAUAAAUAGAAACAUCGUUCUGAAUUAGUGCAAAGUUCUGUUGUGAUGGGUAGACCAGGCUUCUCUCCCGGCGGUAGAGGCGGCGGCGGGGGCCGUGGAGGCUUCGGAGGCCGCGGGGGCGGCGACAGAGGUGGCUUCGGAGGCCGUGGGGGCCGCGGAGGCCGUGGGGGCGGCGAUCGGGGUGGAUUCGGAGGCCGCGGGGGUGGCAGGGGGUUCCGGGGGGGCGGCGACCGGGGGCGGGGGGGCCGCGGGGGCGGCAGAGGCAGGGGCGGAGGCGGGGGGUUCAAAGGGGGCAAGGCGGUGGUGAUCGAGCCGCAUAGGCACGAGGGGGUGUUUAUUGCGAGGGGGAAGGAGGAUGCGCUGGUGACGCUGAAUUUGGUGCCCGGGUCGGAGGUGUAUGGGGAGAAGAGGAUUUCUGUUGAGGACGAAGGCAACAAAGUGGAAUACCGCGUAUGGAACCCUUUCCGCAGCAAACUGGCCGCCGCCAUUUUGGGCGGCGUGGACCAAAUAUACAUGCCGCCCGGCAGCAGAGUGCUCUAUCUCGGGGCAGCCUCGGGCACGACAGUAUCCCACGUGUCCGACGUAGUAGGCCCCGAAGGACUAGUUUACGCCGUGGAAUUCUCCCAUCGUUCGGGAAGAGACCUCAUCAAUGUUGCCAAAAAGCGCACCAACAUCAUUCCGAUCAUAGAGGACGCCAGACAUCCGCACAAAUACAGGAUGUUGGUGGGAAUGGUGGACACGGUUUUCGCGGAUGUUGCGCAACCGGAUCAAGCUAGGAUCGUGGCGUUGAAUUCCCAGUACUUUUUGAAGAACGGUGGGCACUUCGUGAUUUCCAUUAAAGCGUCUUGUAUUGAUUCGACGGCGCAGCCAGAGGCUGUGUUUGCUGCUGAAGUGAAGAAGCUACAAGCUGAUAAGUUGAAACCUCAGGAACAGAUCACUUUGGAACCGUAUGAGAGGGAUCAUGCGGUGGUUGUGGGGGUUUUUAGGCCUCCGGCUAAGAACUGAGUGAUUGUUGAUCUAUUUUUGAUUAUUUUUUUAAUAAACCAUGUAAGUUCUUCUUCUCCUAUGAGUAUUGGGAGAGCUGAUUUGUUUCCAUGUGAGUAGAUGUCUUCAGUCUCCAUUUUUUUGUAUAUCUACCAUUAUUUCCAGUUCACUGAUGUUGGCAAUGUGAAAUAUUACAGAAACUACUUGAAUACCGUUAUAGCUCUAUUUUAUAUAAAUAAUUAGAGAAGUGUAUUAGACAUAAGGAGAAAAUAUAUAACAA